ACUUUUUGGUACUGUUUGGAAACAUGGAUAGCAGUAUAAAUAAUAAUUGUUUGGAAAGAUGGAUAACAACAUAAAAACGUAUAGUGUCCUUUUAGUAAUUUAUAUAUUAUAAUUAAAUUAAUUGUUUUCUCAUAUUUCACUUAGUUUAACAAUUUCAUUAAUUAUAUUACCUUAACAAUACAUCACAUCAUUAAUUAUAUUACCAUAAUAAUAAUAGUGCAAAUUUUAAUUUAUUAGUUAAUCAACAUUAACUUUGUGCCAAUUAUAGAAUCAAAAAUGUAAAAUAACUGGAUUUUGCAUAUGGGUUAACGUUCGGUUUAGUUUGUUUUAAUAAAUUUUUUUUUUUAGUUUCAAUCGGUGGAAAAUUGCAUUGCUAAAAACAUUAUUCAAAUACAAAUUUUGUGAAUAAAAUAGUAACUUAAAUCAAAAUAAUAAAAAUGUAUUACAUUAAUUGUCACUUAAUUUUUUUCACUCAAUAUAAUUACUUUACUAAAUAAAAAAAUCUCUUUCUAUUUCACUUAAUUUAACCAAACAUAUAAAAAGUCCUUUUUAUUAGCUUAUAAAAUCAGUUAGGCAUGAACACUAGUCAUCCAUUUAGGUACAUGUUUGUUCUUUUCGGGUAUCUUUUUUUUUUGAAAUUAGGCUCGGCUUGAAUAUUAUAAAUUUAUGUGUGGGGUUUUGAGUUGGGUCCUUCUAGGUAUGGAUGAGUUCAGUUAUAAUGUAUAUGAGCUUAAUAAUAUCUAAAUAACAAAUGUGUCUGAAACGGGUUCGGAUAUUUGUACCAAAAAUAACCAUAUUACCCCGAUUCGGUUAAGUUUUUUUGAAUACAAUUAAUUAUAUUGCGACCCAUCUAAAAUAUAUAACACUAAUUAUGAAAAAAAAACAUCAAUGUAUAAAAAUAUAAAAACCAAUAUCCGCGUAGGUCAAUCUUUAGUUAAUGUUAAAUUUGAAUAUCUCACCUUAUAUUUUUCUUAGUUGAAAAUAAACUUUCCAUCAGAACUGAAAUAUAAAUUUUCCUUUAGUUGAUUGACUUAACAAGUUAACAUACAUAAACUAUCAAGAAUCCACAUCUGUAUUAAAAUAACAAUGGACUGACAUUGUGUACUUAGAUACUUAAAUAAAUGUAAAUGUAAAUAUCUGCUUGUUUCAAGAAGGUUUAUUUGACCAUUUGUAUAUAUGAAAACACAAAAUGCUGACUAAUUGAUUUAAAUUGUUAAUGAUUUUGAAAACAUAUAUGUUAAAACUCAUAAAUGAUCAAGUUUUGUUAUAUAAAUUUAAUAAUCUUGUGAUAUUAUUGAGAAUGUGCACCUAUUAUUAUUGAUGAAUAAAUGUUACUAGGUUUAUUUUCCAGGAAUGAACUCGUCGAAGUUAAUAAUGUGUAUAAGUUAUAGCAAUUCCGGAUAUCAGGAAAACAAAAUUUCAAAUUAAAUCAUUACUACUUUCUAAGGGUAUUUUCGGUAUAACAAUAAUCUCUUCUCACUAUAAAACCGAACAUCAGGUCACCAAACAACUCGUCCCUGAAAAGUGAAAACCACCCAAGAACUCAGGUACCACUACCUCUCCAUCCAUGGACUCCCUUCCUCAACCGCAAAACCAGUCAUCUCCGGCGAAAAUCCUUCUCGGAAAAUACGAGCUCGGCCGCCGUCUCGGCAGCGGAAGCUUCGCGAAAGUCCAUUUAGCUCGUUCCAUCGAAACCCACGAGCUUGUCGCCAUCAAAAUCAUCGACAAGAAGAGAACCAUCGAAUCCAACAUGGAGCCAAGGAUCAUCCGUGAGAUAGACGCGAUGCGUCGUCUCCGUGACCAUCCCAACAUCCUCAAGAUCCACGAAGUCAUGGCAACCAAAUCCAAAAUCUACAUCGUCAUGGAACUCGCCGUCGGCGGCGAGCUUUUCUCCAAACUCCUCCGCCGCGGCCGGCUUCCCGAAUCCGCCGCGCGUCGCUACUUCCAGCAGCUCGCCUCCGCGCUUCAGUUCUCCCACCUCCACGGCGUCGCUCACCGCGACGUGAAGCCGCAGAAUCUCCUCUUAGACAGGGAAGGGAACCUCAAGGUCUCGGACUUCGGCUUAUCCGCUUUGCCGGAGCAUCUUCGAGACGGAUUGCUCCACACGGCGUGCGGUACGCCGGCGUACACGGCUCCGGAGAUUAUAUCGCGGCGAGGAUACGACGGAGCGAAGGCUGACGCGUGGUCUUGUGGAGUGAUACUGUACGUUCUUCUCGUCGGAUACGUUCCUUUCGACGACUCCAACAUUGCUUCAAUGUAUCGGAAGAUUCAGCGGAGAGAGUAUCGUUUCCCGAGCUGGAUCUCGAAGCCAGCGCGAUCGAUUAUACAUCAGAUGCUCGAUCCGAAUCCUGAGACGAGGAUGAGCAUAGAGGCGGUUAUGAAUACAACCUGGUUCAAGAAAUCGUUAACCGGUUCUGAAUUGGAUUGUAACGUCCUCGAACCGGAACCGGUUCUUGAGAAAUCGAGUUCGAUCACGGCCUUUGAUCUUAUCUCGCUUUCGUCGGGGCUAGAUCUCUCCGGAUUGUUUGAGGUUAAGAGAAAGAGAGAGAGGAGAUUCACGGCGAAGGUCUCCGCCGUGGAAGUGGAGGAAAAAGCGAAGGCGAUUGGGGAGACGUUAGGUUAUGUAGUGAAGAAGACGAAGAAAGGAGGUGAAGCCAAGGUAGUUGGAUUAGGAAGAGGAAGAAUGGAAAUAGUUGUGGAGGCGGUGGAGUUAGCGGUGGAUGUUGUGGUGGUUGAAGUGAAAGUUGUUCAAGGAGAAGAAGAAGACUCACAGUGGUCCGAUUUGAUAACAGAGCUUGGAGAUAUAGUUCUCUCAUGGCACAAUGACGUCAUGUAAAUACUUUAUGACGUGUUAGCUCUUUUAUUUUUUGUUCAAUCUUGUAUAGUUAUGCAUCAAAAUUGUAUUGUGGGCUUCUUUGUUCACAUGUCUCAGCAUCCUGCGAUUAAUACACCUAUCAGCAGCGAUGUCAGCUAUCACUUGUUGCGACUA